UAAUGUAAGCAAUGCCAGUGAUCUGCAGGAAGUAGAAUGUCAGAGACGUGUUGUGCUUGCAGGUGUUCAUCUCAGCAGGCAGGAUGGGCAUUUCGGACAUACUACUACUGACAGCUUUGAUUUCUACUUCUGCUUUAGCUCAUCCCACUGUUGGUCCGAUUGCCCCCGGCAAUUCUUUUUCAGAGCGAAUACUGUUUACCAAAGAAGAAAGUGACAGCUGUAGAACACCUGACAACAAACAAGGACAAUGCAUCGACUUAAAGAGCUGUCCCGUUCUCUUAUCUCUGCUCACAAUGACGCGACCCUUGCCAUCUGAAGUUAUUGACUUCCUGCGAAAUUCUCAGUGCGGGUUCAAAGGUAGCAGCCCGUUGGUGUGCUGCCCACUGCCCACUCCGUCCACAACAGAGGCCCCUAAGCCAAUUGUGGAAGAACCACCUGACGUGUCCAGUCAUCCUAACUUAAGACUUCUUCCUCUGAAUAUCUGUGGUCCUGUUUCUGCUAACAAGAUCAUCAAUGGAAACAGAACAGCACUUUUCCAAUAUCCAUGGAUGGCACUCAUUCGGUACAACAAGGGAGGAAACAGCGCGCCCAUGUUCUUGUGUGGAGGCACUGUAAUCAACGAGAAGUAUGUCCUGACAGCAGCUCACUGCAUCGUAGAAUUACCGAGUACUCUGAAGCUAACUGGUGUUCGGCUAGGUGAAUAUGAUAUAGACUCUGAUAUUGACUGCAUGAAUGAAGAUGGAGAAGAAGUGUGUGCUGAGACCCAUGUAGACGUUGAUAUUGAAGAAUCAAUUUCACAUCCCAAAUACUCUCUCUCCCAUCUUCACAAUGAUAUAGGGCUUAUCCGGAUUAAAGGCACCGCAAACUUCAGAUCAGAUUCUAUAAAACCAAUCUGCCUUCCCUUGGGAGGUGACCAGAAACGAAAUCUGGAUGGUCACAAUUUGAUUGUAUCCGGAUGGGGAACGACUGAAAAAGGAAUUUCUAGUUCUGUGUUGCUCGAAGUUGAUGUGCCCGUUAUGCCACAGGAGCAAUGUGCUAAUAUCUACAGCCGCAGUUCUGCUUCAUAUAGGCGACCUGUAAGGAUAACUUCAAGUCAAAUUUGUGCUGGUGGCGUAAAUGCUCGAGAUUCAUGUGGUGGUGACAGUGGAGGACCUCUUAUAUUCAAGGGUGAGGUCAAUUUAAGGCCACGAUUCGUUCAAUACGGAAUUGUCUCAUUUGGACCUCGAUCCUGUGGUAUCAAAGGGAUUCCUGGUGUGUACACAAAAGUUGCUUUCUAUGUUGACUGGAUAUUAAGUAAUAUGAGACCAUAAAUAUAUUUUCAGUAUUAAAAAUUAGUACCUCUUCUCAUUUUUCUACCUUCAUAAAGGUCAUCCAGGCAAAUUAAGGGACUAGACACACAUACUUUAAAAAUUCAUUUAAUGGGUUCUACCACUGUGAACAUUUGCUGUUGUGAAACAGUUAACAUCCAGUAUACAGUACAAUGUAUUUUAAAACAGGGUUGACUUAAGUCUCUCACAAAUGACCUUCAUGUUAGAGAAAAUGAGUUAUAUAUCAGUAAUUAAUAGGGCCUGGAUCUUCAUGCCCUAAAAGCACUUAAAAUAUGCACUUAAGAAACAGGUCACUUUAUUCAGACUCACCUAUUUACACGUAUCAUUCACUGCAGAA